AUGGCUCAAGAAAAUAGGGACGUUGUAGUCCUCGUGAAAUCAAAUAUGGGUGUGACGACAUGCAGAGUGAGGGACUUCACUAGAAUGAAUCCUCCAGAGUUUCACGGUUCUAAAAUUGAAGAAGACGUGUUAAUGAGCAUGGGAGUGAUGCCGGUAGAAAUGGUGGAAUUGGCUGCUUAUCAACUUAAGAGUGCUGCUCAUAUUGAUCAACUAAUGGAAAGAAUGGAGAUCGAAAGAUGGGGGUCCUCUCGAUUAGGAAAACCAGGGUUCAUCAAAUGCUCCUCCUUAUUCAACAAAGAUAGGCUGUCUAACCCUAAUCCUCAAGGAGGGAAUGGUAAUGAAUCUUCAUUGCCUAUACUUACUUGUGCUAAGGGUGGAAGAAAGCGCGAGGGUAAAUGCUUAGCUGGCAUGAAUGGAUGCUUUGUUUGUGGAAAAAAUGGUCAUAAAAUGAGGGAUUGCCCAAUUCUUGCAGCUAAAAAGAGAGAAAGUAAACUAGCCCCGUCUAGUGGUUUGGGUUCUAGUGCCGCAAAGUAA